AUCGCAACCUGUUUCUCAUUUGGCAACACCUUUCUUCAGCAGUGAUAAAUGACACUUCAAAAGAAACGUUGGGGAUCUGAAAAACAGGCUCAUUAUGACUUCACAUAAGAUAAUAGGGUGUGACGCAACCAAGCUCAGCUGAUCUGAUAAAGACGACCUGAAGUCACUUGACAUCAGAGACUGGUUACGUUAGCACAAUGGCCACAUCAAAUGAUACGUUUCUGUGGAAUCACUCUGUGAACAUCAACCACAGCUUUUUCAAAUCCAACUUCUCGGAGAUGGAGGUCACACAAGCUGGAGAGAAAAACUGGCCAGCCUUGUUCAUUCUAGUGAUUACAUUCUUCACCAUUGCUGGGAAUAUACUAGUCAUUAUGGCAGUGUCCCUCGAAAGCAAGCUGCACAAUGCCACCAACUUCUUUCUUUGCUCACUGGCCGUGGCGGACAUGCUGGUGGGCUUCUUAGUUAUGCCAGUCUCGCUUAUCAAUAUUCUAUACAACUACACCUGGCCUCUCCCUGAAGAGCUGUGUCCCAUGUGGAUCUUCCUGGAUGUUCUGUUCUCCACAGCCUCUAUCAUGCAUCUGUGCGCCAUCUCUCUCGACCGCUAUAUUGGCAUUUGUAAUCCAAUCCUUUACAGCCGCAGCAACUCGUCUUUAAAGGCCAAGCUCAAAAUCAUCACUGUUUGGACCAUAUCUAUAGUGCUGUCACUUCCCAUUCCUGUGAUGGGCUUCCAGGAUAAGGAGAAGGUGCUUGUGAACGGCACUUGUGUUUUGAAUGAGCCUUUGUUUGUUCUCAUCGGUUCGUUCAUUGCCUUCUUCGUUCCUCUGGUCAUCAUGGUGGUCUGCUACUACCUCACCCUCCGUGUUCUCCAACAACAAAGCAGUGCCUUUCCUCAAGAGACCAAGAGAUACUCCAAAUGUUCCUCCACUGAGACAAGUGACACUAGUGUGCUUAAAAACAGCCCCUCCUCCCUGAUGCCCACAUUUUUGCUUAAAAAGCAUCAGGUUAGAAGUGAAGCUCAAGUUAGACAAGGAAUGAUGAAAGCUAUUAGAAAUGAGCAACGGGCCUGUAAAGUUCUGGGCAUUGUGUUUUUCCUCUUUCUGGUGAUGUGGUGUCCGUUCUUCAUCACCAAUGUGGUCAUCGCUGUCUGCCAGGACAACUGUGAGCAUCUUGAGCACCUCAUGAAUGUUUUUGUGUGGGUGGGUUAUGUCUCCUCUGGUGUGAACCCUCUGAUCUACACACUCUUCAACAAGACCUACCGGCAUGCCUUCAGCCGAUACCUGCAAUGCAAAUAUCAAUGAGACAUUGCAAAGGGAAGAAAAAGCAAAACUCUUUUCCGGUGAAGCCAAAAAUGCCCACAAGUGAGUGAAAAAGUUUGGCUGCAGGGGAGGUUACCAUGCCCAAACAGAAUGAAUACUCUUGACACUGUAGCGUUCUUCAGUUCAUAACCAGUUACAUGCAAGUGUGGUGACAGUUCUAAACCUCAAAACUCAUGGUGCCACAGUGGAAAAAUCUAUGUGGUUUUAAAUCGGGACUUGUUAUGAGCUUUGCUUUCAGACCUGUACUGACCGUGCUUUAAAGAGGAUAUACGAAAACAACUUCUCUGAGAGACUAUCACAGUUUAUUCAGCUGUGCUGUACCUUAAGUAUACUUCUUUAUGGUAUUUUAAACUAAAAAUAACUAUGCUGAUUUUUUAUCUUAGUAAUAUGCGUGAGGUACUUCUCAGAAGACUCAAAGAUUACUUAGGGUAUACUUUAUAAAAUUAUUAUUUCAUAAACUGAAAAGUGGGUCAGUUUACUAUACUCACAAGUAUAUUAGAAGUACUUAGUAGUAUACUUAAAAUCAGGGCCUGGCCUGGGGGGAGGUUGGGUGCUUAGCGGGGUAUUUCCCCCCCAUACAUUUUUCUUGGGCCUGUACAAAAAUACAAUUAAACUAAAAUUAAAAUACUUUACUUCAGUAUCCUUAAUAAAAUUAACAUGAAGUGUAUGUAUGUGUGUGUGAAUGAAAUGUUAAUGAACAUAUAAGGGUUUGUAAAAUUCACAAUCAUGUUUUCAAAUGGUUUAUGGUCUCUAUUUACUUUUUUAUUACUCGAAAAUAUUUUUUGUAAUUAUGAAUUAUAAAAUCUCAUGCUUGACAGGGAAAAUCCUACUGUAGGGAUAUUUUUACAAAACUUUUGUAAACUUUUUUUCCUAUUUAAACCAUUUUUGUAAUGUGAUUUCAGCACUGGUUAAAAAGCACAUUUAUUGUUUAUAACUCAUAGAAAACAUUAAGCACUUCUAAUCUUUGUUUUCUGGUUGCAUUUGUUAACAAGACAGCAGGAACACCUAAUGCAUAAGAGUAUAUUGCUAUCUUUCCCCACCCUGUGAAAUAUGUUCAUAUGCAACCUGAUCACACAACCUGAUCUAACUGCACAGCAUACUUCUGUGGGCUCAUUUGAAUCAGUUAAAUUGUUGAAGACUGUAAAAGUCCAGCAUUGACGGUGUUACCAAAACUGUUUUUAGUGGAACAGCGCCAUCAAGCGGUGGCAUCUAUUUAAUGUGGAUAUGAAUUAUUCAAUUAAGUUGU